GAGUCGGUAGCAACAUCAUCAGUCGGUGUCAGGAGUUCUGCCGCAUUACCGAACAGGUGUAGCCAUGCUUAAACCAGGCUCCACUAAGCUGGGGCUGCCUAAAGCAGGACUCCAGGAGCGGGUAAGGCAUUCUUCCCUGGCUUCGCCUCCUUCGGCCUCUACAAUAAUGAAGACCUCGAGAUCCUCCAACACGUUGGCCUUAGACCAGCGACUCAGCAAGCUGAAAAGAGCCAGCAGUGAUGAUGCUUUGACAAAGCCCACACUGGGAGCUGCUGCUGCAGGCUCCAGGAUGAGGAAGACGGUCACUACUGGAGGGAUUUCAGAUCUAGCAGAGGCCCGUCCUCGCAGCCUGUCAGGUGUGCAAGCAGCCAAAAAGUCUGGAAUCCCAGCUCCAAGAGAAAUUCCUUCAGCCAUGACGAGAGAUCGGGUUUCUCUUAGAGAUCAACUGAGAAGCUCAUCCACUAAAAGAAUGGUUUCCAGUGCCAGCACCUCGAGCCUCUCCACUCUAGCAAAGCAGACACGUAAUUCAACCAAGUCUCGUACAGAUGCUGAGGGCCAGGAAAAAGGUCAUUUGGAGAACCAGGUGAAAGAGCUGAUGUCUGAGGCCAAAGCUAAAGACUUAGAGAUCAAUAAUCUAAAGAUGGAGCUUCAGCACUGCAAAAAUAAAACCUACACAGCUUCUUCUUUACCCUCACCCAUCUCAUUUUCACACCCAGAGCAUGCAGCUGAUUGUGAGCAGGAACAGGUGGCUGAGGCCCUGGUACUGGUCGGAGAGCUUAGAGAGAAGAAUGGGAAGUUUCAGAGAGAGUUGGCCAACCUGAGGGAAGAGAACCAGUCACUGAAAAAAAGGUUGCUCUGCUUGGAUGCUUCUCCUCUUUCUGACAAAAACAAAAGCUCUUCUUCUAUUACUCUUGUGAAUGGUAUGUCCUUAGACUGCUCACCCACCCAACAGAAUGGUCUCCACUCCACUGCCAGCCCACUCAAACCCUCAGUUUCCUUCAGCUCUGACACCACAAAGGAGUCCCCAUCUCCAGACUCCUCAGUGUUUGAGAAGAUCUCGUCACGCUCAGAAUCAAGAAGUAGCUGUGUUAGUGGGGAAGCUGUGGCAGCAGAAGUGAACAGUGCUUUGAGUCAGGAUGUGUCAGUGCAAAGACUAACUGAGCAGAUUCACAAGAUGGAGGAGAACCAUCACAGCACAGCAGAGGAACUGCAGGCAACACUGCAGGAGCUGGCUGACCAGCAGCAGGUGGUGCAAGAGCUAACGGCAGAAAACGAGCGUCUAGCUGAGGAAAAGCGCCUCCUGCAGACCUCACUUCAGCAGCAGAGAGAGCAUCUGGAAGUGUUGGGUCAGAAGAAUGAAACACUUGCUGUCAGACUUCAGGAGCAAAAUCAGGCUCAGGCCCAGAGGCAGCAAGAACUAGGUAGCCAAGGGCCUCGCCUGGCAGAGCUGGAAGAGAAGUAUGCAGAGUUGGUGGAGAGCUCGCGGUUUGAACGUGAAAAACUGGUGGACAUCCAGCAGCAGUUGACAGGCAGCCUGCGGGCUCUAGAGGAAGAACACCAGGAGGCCCAGGGUCAGGUGCGCUGCCUCAAAGAGGAAAUGGACAGAUUGCAGGCCCAGCUGGACAAGGAGGUGGAAAGCAGAGGUCAGGCAUUCCAAGCUGCAGAGGAGCAUCGAACAGCAGCAGACUGUCUCAGACUGGAAACCAGUAGGCUGAAGGCACAGGUGGAUAUUGAGAAACAAAAAGUGGGCGAGCUGAAGGCCAUGCAAAGUGCCAGUGACAACACAGAGCUGCAGAAUUUGCUGAAGACUGCUCACGCUGAGAGGGACAAAAUUGAGGUGAAGAUGACAGAACUGAGACAGGAGGUUCUUCAGGCCCAUGCAGAAACUGAGCAUGUGCGAGCCACAUUGUCCAAGCUGGAAGUCAAGUGCAAGCAAAUCCAGGAGCAGGCUGAAAAGAGAGAGCUGGAGCUAAACGAUGAAGUGAGUUCCCUGGAGGACGCCAGGAUGCAGGCAGAGAACCAGAUGAGGGAAAUGAAGGAGACCAUCUUUGAGCUGGAGGACCAGGUGGAGCAGCAGAGGGCUGUAAACUGCCACACCAACCAAGCUGUCCUGGACAUGGAGAAUGUUGUGACAAAGCUGGAGGAGCAGAAAGCUGAAGUAGAGCGACAACUGAAAGCUCAGAGCAGACAGAUGAAGGAAGAAAAAGAGGACUGGCGACGUUUUCAAGCAGACCUCCAGACGGCUGUGGUGGUGGCCAACGACAUCAAAGUUGAGGCUCAGCAGGAGCUGCAUGCUCUCAGGAGGCAGCUGCAGGAGGAGCAGGACCGUAAUGCAAAGCUUGCAGGAGACCUCGAGGCUCUGCAAGGAGUCAGGUCCCAAGGUGAUGAGGUGAGAGUGCCUGACUCUGACAGCAACAGUCACUGGUGUGGAAUCUCCAUGAUCCACACGUCAGCCGCCGACGCCAGCGGAGAUGCCAGCUCAGAGCCAGGAGCUACUGUCAAAUCCCUCAUAAAGUCCUUUGAUACUGUUGAACAGAAUGGACCAGCCCACACACUUCAAAUGUAUUCCUCACUAAGGAGCCCGCUGAGUGCCAUUCCUGUUCGCACGGCUCCAGCUGCAGCCGUCUCUCCCAUCCAGAGGCACACAUACAUAAAACCACUAUCAAAGACACUGGAAAAAAGAAUAAACCACGGAGAGUUCUCUCUUUCUCGGGAUAAGUUGUCAAGCUUUGGGGAGGACCUGAAACCUACCAGCCUCAUGAGGAAGAGCCCAUCUCUGGAGAGUGUUUUAAAAAGCCCUGCUUCCCUCAGCAGCCACACUGCAUUGUUCAGCUUCAGCCGAGGCCACAGCAGGCUCAGAGGGCCCCCUGUUGGCGAAAUCCGGGAAAAAGAUGAACUUCCGGAUGCCGGGGAUGUCUGA